UAUGCACCUCGGCGUUGGCUCGGGAGGGGUCGGAUUGGUGGGUUGGGGGCCCGAGGCCGCCCGAUCCGGGACUCGGGCGCCUCUGACUGAGCUCCAAAGGGUUACAGCCCUUCGCCCCCUCCUCCCGCCUCCUCCCUUCUCCGCCCCCAGGCUCUUCCUGUCCCGCAGUUGCAACACCCCAUCUGCCUCUCUCCUUGCCCUCCCACCUCCUCGCUCCUCUCGGCUUUAAUUUUCUCCCAGUUCUCGGGACUCGGGCUCCAGCUCUGGCCUUUGGGGUCGGAGGUCCCGGCCCGCGACCGAGCCGUGAUCUUCACCCCGGUCUCCACCUCAGCUCCCCUGCCCACGGCCCCGGGCUCCUCUCGGGACCUGCCGGGCCCGCGCAUCCCGGACUCCGCCGCCGCCGCCGCCGCCGCCACUGCCUGAGCCCUGAUGGGGGAGUGAGAGGCCACAGCUGGCCGGACAUGGGCCUCCCCACCGUGCCUGGCCUGCUGCUGCCACUGGAAUGGUGCCCACAGAAACAUCACUUACUUCCACACCAAUCCGAUUUUAUAAAAAACCUUUUUGCUGGUAUAACACAAUCCAGGAAAGUGCACAGAUCCUAACUGUUCACCUCUGUGAAUGUGUACAAAGUGAAUACACUACGAACAUAGCACCCGGAUGGAGAAACACCACCCCAAUCCUUAGGGCUCCUUGUUGGAAGGAAAGGCCAUAAUUGAGGUGCUCCUGGCUCUGUUGGUGGAAAUAUAUCCCUUAAGGGUUACGGCACUGGUCCCUCACCUCAGGGACCGGGAGAAGAGAGCUAUUCUGUGUCCCCAAGGAAAAUAUAUUCACCCUCAAGAUAAUUCCAUUUGCUGUACAAAGUGCCACAAAGGGACCUACCUGUACAAUGACUGUCCCGGCCCAGGGCUGGACACGGACUGCAGGGAAUGUGAAAAUGGCACCUUCACAGCUUCUGAGAACCACCUCAGACAGUGCCUCAGCUGCUCCAAAUGCCGAAAAGAAAUGAACCAAGUGGAGAUUUCUCCUUGCACCGUGUACCGGGACACUGUGUGCGGCUGCCGGGAGAACCAGUACGGGCAUUACUGGAGUGAAACCCUUUUCCAGUGCGUGAACUGCAGCCUCUGCCCCAAUGGCACGGUGCAGAUCUCCUGCAAGGAGAGACAGAACACCGUGUGCACCUGCCACGCGGGCUUCUUUCUAAGAGAGAAUGAAUGCGUCUCUUGUGUUCACUGUAAGAAAAACACGGAGUGCACGAAGUGGUGUCUACCCCCCGUGGAAACGGUUAAGGUCCCUCAGGACUCAGGUACCGCAGUGCUGUUGCCCCUGGUGAUCUUCUUUGGCAUUUGCGUUUUAUCCUUCAUCGGUGUAAUGUGCCGCUACCAAUGGCAGAAGCCCAGGUUCUUCUCCACUGUUUGUGGGAAAUCGACACCUACAAAGGAGAGGGAGCCUGAGACCCUGGCCUCGGUUGCAGGUUUCAGUCCCAACCCGAGCUUCAGUCCCACCACGGGCUUCAGUCCCAUCCCCAACCCCACCUUCAGCCCCAGGUCCGUCUUCACCCCUAGUGACUGGUCUAAGUUCAGGGCUGCAUCAGUCUCUGGAGAGAUGGCCUCACCCUACCAGGAGGCCGGCCCCAUCCUCACCGCGGCUCCAGCGUCCACCCCCAUCCCCACCCCUGCUCAGAAGUGGGAGGACAGCACCCACACUCAGCGCCCAGAAGCCGACCCAGCGGACCCGGUGACGCUGUAUGCCGUGGUGGACGGCGUGCCCCCGUCGCGCUGGAAGGAGUUCGUGCGGCGGCUGGGGCUGAGCGAGCACGAGAUCGAGCGGCUGGAGCUGCAGAACGGGCGCUGCCUCCGGGAGGCGCACUACAGCAUGCUGGCGGCCUGGCGGCGGCGCACGCCGCGGCGCGAAGCCACGCUGGAGCUGCUGGGCCGCGUGCUCUGCGAAAUGGACCUGCUCGGCUGCCUGGAGGACAUCGAGGAGGCGCUGUGUGCCCCCGCCUCCGUCUCGCCGGCGCCCCGCCUCCUGCGAUGAGGCCACGCCCCGCCCCGGCAGGGGCCUGCCCUGAGGACCGAUGCCUUCUGGCGGGGCUGCCUGGAAAGACCGUGCAAAAUGCCCUUCGGACCCUUUUUUCUGGACAGGGGCCUUGGAAGGGCAGGCAUGGCUGUCAGCCACCUACUUGGUGCUACUCUCUCAGUGUACAUAGAUUUUCUCAGCUGCCGGAGCACUGCCAGAGGCUCAGCCUUGUGUGUGUGACAGGCGUCUGUGUGUGUGUGUGUGUGUGUGUGUGUGUGUGUGAUCCUGAGAGUGGCUGAGUGUGCCAGGAGCCCAAGCUUGUGGCUGCAGAGACACCGCCCAUUUUGGGUUUGGAGAACCAAACAAGGCAGCUUAGGGGCCUCUGGUUGGUCCCUGGGCCUUUUUCACAGUAGAUAAGCAAUUUUUGUAUCAAUUAUGUUACACUAAUAGAAACUGGGCACUCCUCUGCCCCCUGUUUGGACAAGCACAGAGUGAGCUGACCUGUCCGAAGGCAGGGGUGAGCACAGAACAAUGGGGCCGCCAGCUGGAGCUGUGGACUUUUGUAAAUACACUAAAACUCUGGAAUUAAAGCUCUGCUCCUGGA